AUGUCUGCUACAGAUGAAGAUGUCUGCAAUCAUAUAAAAGUAGUAAUUCGUGUUCGUCCUGAGAAUCCAAAAGAGAGAGAUGGCAACUUUCAAAAAGUGGUCCAGGUUGUUGAUAAACAUUUACUGGUGUUCGAUCCCAAAGUGGAAGAAGUCAGUUUCUUUCAUGGAAAAAAAUUACCGAACCGCGAUAUCACUAAAAGGCAAAAUAAGGAUCUAAAAUUUGUAUUUGAUGCCAUAUUUGAUGAACAUUCUACACAGCUGGAAAUCUUUGAAGACACCACCAAAACAUUUCUAGAUGGUUUUUUAAAUGGCUAUAAUUGCACAGUACUUGCUUAUGGCGCGACUGGAGCUGGGAAAACUCAUACAAUGCUGGGUUCCCCUGAAGACCCUGGAGUAAUGUACCUGACUAUGAUCCAGCUUUACAAUUCUAUUGAUCGAAUGAAAGAAGAGAAGCAUUGCAGUAUUGCAGUUUCAUAUCUUGAGGUCUACAAUGAGCAGAUACGUGACCUAUUAGUAAAUUCAGGACCGUUGGCUGUUCGAGAAGAUCCUCAAAAAGGAGUUUUGGUUCAUGGGAUAACCUUGCAUCAGCCCAAAUCUGCAGAAGAGAUCUUGCAAAUGUUGGAUUAUGGAAACAAAAACAGAACACAACAUCCUACUGAUGUAAAUGCCUCCUCAUCUCGGUCCCAUGCUGUCUUUCAGAUUUAUUUAAGGCAACAAGAUAAAACUGCAAGUAUCAGCCAAAAUGUCCGUAUUGCCAAAAUGUGUCUCAUUGACCUGGCAGGAUCCGAACGUGCCAGUGCCACAAAGGCCAAAGGCGCUGUCUUGAGAGAAGGAGCAAAUAUAAAUCGAUCACUGCUUGCUCUUGGCAAUGUUAUUAAUGCCCUCGCAGACCCAAAGAAAAAGAAUCAGCAUAUUCCCUAUCGGAAUAGUAAGCUUACUCGUUUACUGAAAGACUCUCUCGGAGGAAAUUGUCGCACUAUCAUUAUAGCUGCUAUUAGUCCUUCUUCUUUGUUCUUUGAUGACACCUACAACACUCUUAAAUAUGCCAACCGAGCCAAAGAUAUCAAAUCCUCAAUAAAGAGCAAUGUUGUAAGUCUGGAUAGCCAUAUAAGUCAAUAUGUUAAGAUCUGUGAGCAACAAAAGAAAGAGAUUUUAAUGCUGAAAGAGAAACUGGAAGCAUACAAAAUGGGAAAAAUAUCUGUUCCCAGUAACCAAGAUACAGCAAUAAGUACAAAUCAGCAGCAAGUUGAAAUAUCAAGGUUAAAAGAAAUCUUGAAGUGUGUGUUUGCAAAUCGAGAAGAAAUCAGGAAUGAGGUCCUCAAGCUUGACUUACAACUAAAAGAAAAUGUCCUUAAAACACAUUAUCAGAAAAAUUGCCACGAACAAGUUGAAAUAGUAUGUUCCUGCUCACCAGAGAGACUGGAAAAGGCAACUGGCAGACUUGAUCACCGGCUUGCUUUACUUAAAAGUCGUCGUUUGCAUCUAGAAAAGAAAAAAGAAGAGGAAACUAAAAGUUUUGAGGACAACACAAAUUGGUUGCAUAGAUUGGAGAAUGAAAUGCGCCUCCUGGGUCAAGAUGGGCAGAUUCCUCCAGAGCUAAAUAGAGAUCUGCAGUGUUGUCACUUGAAAUUGGAAAUUGAGGAUUUGAAAACGCAAAUUGAAUACAUGAAAACGCUAGCAUCCCAACAAGAACAGCAGUAUAAGCAGACGGAAAAAAUCCUGAAUUUUUCACUUCCAAUUUUAAGAAAACAGUAUAUUGCUUUAAAAGGGAUGCAGUUAGCCAAUGGUGUUAUUGAGGAUGAUUUCACAGAGUUAAAACAGCUCAUUCGCAGAGAGAAAGCUGUAAUUUGGGCUGACCAGAUUGUUGAAGAAGAAUCAGAUCAAAAUGAUCAGCUCAAGAUGUCUGCUGUCAUGUCAUUUCCACAGCUUGUGAGCUAUCGAAAUACUCCCUGUAAUACGCCUCGUAAUCUUACAGUGGAGAAAGUCAAGACAUCUGCUCAGCGUGAGACACAAUAUGGAAUGCCACUGCACAAAAGAACAAGGCGAAAAUUGAUAGCAUCUCCUCUGACAAUCCAGAGUCUUCAAGAUUCCAGCCAGUCGUGUCCUAACUCUGUGGUGGAAUCUCUCAGCGAAGCCUUCUGCUCAAUUACAUAUACACCCGAGGUCUGCAAGAAGCCAUCAAAGACUCUCUAUACAGGAACUGUGCAUAAGGCAACCCUUGAAGAAAUGAGUCACAUGGCACAAAUUCAGGAACCAUUAAAGCAGAGCAGCACCAAAGAUGUUGCAUAUAAUGUCACCCCAGAGUGCCACAUGAACUCAACUAUGCUUUGUAAAAAUAACACAGACACUAUAAACUGUCCUGAUGCAGCCAGAAGCAAGUCAGAAGCAGCCAAUAGCAGAAAUGUUUUACAAAG